AUGCAUGACCAUCGCAUACGCACUACGGAUGCGUUAUUGGAAUCGCAUCCGCACUACGGAUGCGUUAUUAGAAUCGCAUCCGCACUACGGAUGCGAAAACUUUAUCUUUACCUUAUUACUUUAGAGAAACCUUUGGAUUACCAAAUGCAUUACCUCAAAACUAUAAACGAUUAUAGUUUUUGCGAUUUGUUAGAAAAUAAACUUUUCCUCUCCCAUAUGACCACUGGUUAUGGCACCCCCCACCCACAACGCCCCCUUUUCUCUCACACCUCAACUACAGACACAAAUAUGCCUCGGCUGCAUACACACACUUUAAAUAUAUCUACCUCAACUACCCACACAUCGACUACCCACGCCUCGACUACCCACGCCUCGACUACCCACACAUCGACUACCCACACAUCGACUACCCACACAUCGACUACCCACACACACAUCUCUCUUAUAAUAAAUUCAUAA